AUGGCCUUAACUGCGUCCUGUCCAAUUGUACUUCCGAGAGGAAAGAGGAAGCCACACUGGUGGACCAAAGAAAUUGCCUCUUUGAGGAAGGAAAGCAGGAAGCUCUUCAACGCUGCAAAGUGUAAUGGUUCUUGGUCUGCUUACAAAGCAGCCUUGAAGAAAUUUAAGAAUGCCACCAGGAAAGCCCAAAGGGACUCCUGGAAGGAUUAUUGUGAUAGCAUAGAAGAACAAUCGGAGGGUAAUCGCUUGCGAAAAGUGCUUGCCAAAAAUCCGACGAACCCAAUGUUUAUUCAGAAGGCGAAUGGCGACUGGACAUCAUCCCAAGAGGAGAUGCUUGAGGNGAGGAAGGAAAGCAGGAAGCUCUUCAACACUGCAAAGUGUAAUGGUUCUUGGUCUGCUUACAAAGCAGCCUUGAAGAAAUUUAAGAAUGCCACCAGGAAAGCCCAAAGGGACUCCUGGAAGGAUUAUUGUGAUAGCAUAGAAGAACAAUCGGAGGGUAAUCGCUUGCGAAAAGUGCUUGCCAAAAAUCCGACGAACCCAAUGUUUAUUCAGAAGGCGAAUGGCGACUGGACAUCAUCCCAAGAGGAGAUGCUUGAGGUUCUGAUGAACGCCCACUUUCCAGGGUGUACUGAGGAGCCUGGCGUUGCUCGCACUAUUUCUGGACGCUCCUUAGAAUACAUAGAUUUUAUUAAUGUAGAAAAGGUAGAUUGGGCCAUAAGGUCCUUCCAGCCCUACAAUUCUCCAGGCAUGGACGGCAUCUUCCCUGCCGAACUUCAAGCAACGUCUGAUACUCCUUGUCCGAUGCGAUGGACACUGGCGAAGGUUGUGUUCAUUCCCAACGGCGGUAGACCAUCCCACGUGAAGCCAAGUGACUUUCGACCGAUUAGCCUUACAUCUUUCUUCCUGAAGGUUCUGGAAAGACUACUGGACGUGAAGAUCCGACAAGAAAUUGAAUUAAGUAAAUUAUCUAGCUGUCAGCAUGCCUAUUGGAAAAGCAGGUCUGUAGAUACAGCUUUGCAUAGUAUUGUCAGCACCAUUGAAAAGGCAAUAGCGCUUAAGGAAUAUGCAUUAGGCGUAUUCCUUGAUAUCGAGGGUGCAUUCAAUAAUGUUCUCCCAGAAGCUGUUCACCGAAGCUAA